AAUACGUGUCAAGUGAGGCGCACCAUCACCCUCUGUGAUAAAGUCCGGAAAGAUAAAAAUCUGAUUUUCAAAAGACCCACUAAGCUAGCCCAAUCGGUCAGUCUUCAGAACUAGUUCCCGUCGAGAGUUUUUCAAAUGAAAUGUGUGGAAGUGCUAAUCUGUAGUUAGUUUCGAUUAGUGUCUGCCGCUUGAGAAUUACGAAAAUUUUCAUUUUGCACCUUUAUCGGGCCAAAAUUCUCAGAACUCGCGACGAAACGCACUCACCUGAGCUACAGUCGGGCCCAAGCUCGCCAUAUCGACAGGUGUCUGCUCGAUUCUGGUCGUCGUUAUUUGUAUAUUAUAUAUGCAUAAAUGUGUAAAUCGCGUACAAGAUUGCCUUUGUAACGUUCUGGGAGGGUAUUGUGGUGAAGUGUUUGUUUUUAGAUAGUGCUUUGUAAUGAAUAUUGCUCCGGAAAGCGUGAGCCACCCUCCGCAAGGGAUUAAAUUUUCUUAUUGUGUAUGAAGCAUUGCAGUUUCGGGGGUGAAUUUCAAGUUUCAAGAUAUGUUCAGUGGAAGUUGAAAUGGAAUAGAGGCUGAAAUUUCGAGAGUUUGGGCAGAAAACAGGGUCUGAUUGCCGAUCACCUGAGCCUCCAAUAAAGUGCUUUAUCUGCUUUAAAAUUGAACCGGUCAAAAACGACUUUUGCCAGCGUCGCAUGUAAUGGAAGUUGUUUUUCAUUGAUAUGUGCAUAUGUCUACAUUCCAAAGUCCCCUUAAAUGUGUAAAUAAUAUAAAUUCGAGAUAUGCUUAACGAGUGUCCUCACCUUUCGCCUCAAGUGGAAGUGCUCCAAAAUAAUAAAAUAAUAAUAAAAAGGCUUGCGGGGCUGUGCGUUUCAUGCCAAGGGCGUGAAAGCAUUCGACAAUAUUUUUCCUAAAGGACGACAAGAAAAAAAAUGACAUCGAGUUCAGGAGCACAUUCGUGCUGUUGUCAUCGCAAGGACUCGAAUAAAUACGUUUACCAACCGUCGUUAUUGGUGUCGUCGUUAUUUCACUUAUAAAAUACUAAAAACAAAUGCCCGAAAAAUUGGUGUUUGCCUUUCGUAGUUGACGCCACAGUUCGCCGCUCCGUUACUAUUGGAUUUUACCGCGUAAAGACACUCGCCAUCUGUUGUGAGGAUACGUGCAGUCAGGUGAUAUCGCGGGAAAAUAUCUUACGAAAAAUCCUCUCCACUUUGUCAGCACUUGAAUACUUGAAUAUUUCAUCGUUUUCGGUAAAAGGACUCUAGCACGUCGAUUUCCGAGAAGACCGAAAAGAGAAACGUGGAAACGUGCAUCAUUUUGCGAUACCUAAUUGAAAGGUCCUUUUUACUCAGCGUGUUCGCCAUUGAAAGUGAAAACAGUUCUACAAACGAAACAGAUAUUAAGCACAAUGGUACAGCGGCACGAAAUGGUAAUUAGUGUCUUUGUGGAGAGUACUUCUUGGUAGGCAUUUGAUGAGGGUUGGACCGUCAAACGUAGAAUGACUGCCUUUCGUCAGGCCUGUUCUAUUAUAAUUGGUGGAAGCCAGCAUUAUAAGUCGCUUCGCUUCAGCUAAACAGAAUUACCGACCCUUAGCGGGCGGAAAACGUGAAAAAUUGUAAAGUGAAUUUGUUGCACGAUUUCGUCCUUUUCAGCAUCAUAAACCGACCGUGAAAAUGCCUGCGAAAUCAAUGAAUAAUGGUUACAUCAAGGCUGCUCAUGCAGGCGAAACGCGAAAUGUCCUUGACGAUAGUACGAACAUUGCUCCGCUAUUGGCUGGAGAUUUGCAGUCUACCCCGACACGUGGAAGGGUGAACAGUGCUGCGUCAAUUGGUGUGAAUAAUAAGUCCGCGACCAUUGUCCACUUUAAUCCUAGUUCGGCGGUCACUAGGACAUCAAUACAGCGCGGAUUUGCCGCGGAUUGCUUCUUCCGUGAACCACGACAACGUCGCCGUCUUUUCGUUUUAGCCGUUGCACUUGUAGUGUUUGGCGCUGCAGUUGGUGCGUUAGCUAUUUAUUUUGCCGGAAGUUAUCGGUGCAUUUCAACGGAGAUCCCGAGCGGAAAAUCGCAACGGGAGAUAUGCCUUACAGAAGAAUGUGUCAGGACAGCAUCCUCGCUGCUGGCAGCAAUGGACCGAACUGCUGAUCCCUGUGUAAAUUUCUUCCAAUACGCUUGUGGGACGUGGAAUAAGAUGCAUGUGAUACCAGAGGACCGUAGCUCGAUUAGCACAUUUGAAGUACUGGCAGAUCAACAGCAAGUCAUCCUGAAAGGUGUCUUGGAGGAACCCAUAGGAGAGUAUGACAACCAAGCAACAAUCAAAGCCAAAAAAUUUUAUAAGAGCUGCAUGGAUGUUCAACAAAUUCGAAAAAUCGGGAAUGGAACACUGAAACAAGUCCUGAGAGACCUGGGUGGUUGGCCCGUGGUCGAAGGCAGAAGAUGGACCCCACCUGAAUUCAGUAUCGAAUAUUUAUUGGGCAAACUCAGAGGCGAAUAUAGCGAAGCAGUCCUCAUAGAAUUGUAUGUCGGCGCUGACGACAAGAACUCCUCAGUGAACAUUCUUCAGCUGGAUCAGUUGGUGUUAGCGCUGCCAUCUCGGGACUAUUAUCUCAAGUCGAGUAGCGAAGGUGAUCUGAAGGCGUAUCACCGAUACAUGACACAAAUCGCAAUUCUUCUCGGCGCCAAUCCCAAAACAGCUAGUGCUGAAUUAGAAAAAGUAGUUCAAUUUGAAAUUCGUCUGGCAAACGCUUCACUACCCGAGGCUGAUCGACAUGACACCAGCGCGAUCUAUAGGAAAUUGACCCUACCCCAACUGCGCCGGGAAGUCCCCGAACUAAAUUGGGAAGAAUACUUGCAAGCCACACUUGGUAAAGAAAUUCAGUUGAACCACGGAGAACCUGUAGUCAGUUACGCUAUGCCUUACCUAGUGGAAAUGGGAAAAAUAGUAGCCGAAACAGACAGGAGGGUUCUGCAUAACUAUGUCAUAUGGCGGUUGGUUAUGUCUAUCAUGACUCACAUGAUCGACGAUUUUCAACGAGAAAGGGUCGAAUUCCGAAAGAUUCUUCUGGGGAUCCAAUCAGAAAGGGUUCGAUGGUCCCAAUGCGUGGAGUGGACGAACAAAAAAUUAGGGAUGGCUGUUGGUGCUCUUUUUAUUCGAGAUAAUUUUAACCAGGAAAGCAAAGAGACUGCCUUGGAGAUGAUACACACGAUAAGGGAAGCCUUUAAUGAGCUUUUAGCAGACAAUCAUUGGAUGGAUGAUGAAACGAGAGCGGUGGCCAAAGAGAAAGCGGAUGCAAUGAAUGAGCGAAUUGGAUAUCCGGAAAUAUUGACUGAUCGUGCGGAAUUGGAGAAGGAAUAUGUUAAUUUGACUAUAUAUGAAGACCAUUUUAUGAACAACAUAUUGAGCAUAUUAAAAUGGGAUGCCAAGAGAAACCUGCAACUUCUUAGAAAACCAGUAGAUAAAGACAAAUGGGCAACAGAGCCUGCUGUUGUGAAUGCUUUUUACAACCCUAACAAAAACGAUAUUGUAUUCCCCGCAGGAAUUCUGCAACCACUUUUUUACAGUCAAAAUUUCCCCAAGUCCCUCAACUACGGAGGAAUAGGAGUUGUUAUUGGACACGAAAUUACACAUGGAUUUGAUGAUAAAGGUCGACAAUUUGACAAAGACGGCAACAUGAUGCAAUGGUGGAAUAAUGCCACCAUCCGAGCAUUUAGAGAGCGCGCACAAUGUAUUAUUGAUCAGUAUUCUAGAUAUAAGAUUGACGAAGUUGGGAUGUACAUGAACGGACGAAUGACGCAAGGAGAAAACAUUGCGGACAAUGGAGGUCUCAAGCAAGCUUUCAGAGCCUACAAAAAGUGGGUGGCCCGUCACGGCGCGGAACCUGACCUACCAGGGCUAAACCUUUCUCAUGAUCAGCUUUUCUACUUGAACUAUGCACAAAUUUGGUGCGGGUCGAUGCGUCCCGAAGAUGCUCUAACAAAGAUCCGUUCAUCUGUCCACUCGCCUGGUUUCAUACGUGUCCUGGGACCCCUCUCCAAUUCAGUAGAUUUUGCUAAGGCCUACAAUUGCCCACCGAAUUCACCGAUGAAUCCAUCGCAUAAAUGCAGUGUAUGGUAACUUUAUAUACGCGAGUGUCUAAUCGUUGUUAUUUUUUAUAUAAACCAUUUAUAAUUAUGAGAGGAAGCUAAUGUAUUACCUUAAAACACUAUUUCUAAGUUGCAUAUGUGUAUAUAAACUACUAAUGGUAUUUUCUAAAGGAGUAGUCUAAACUGUUCAAUACUUACAUGUAUAACUGCUUUAACAAUAAAUCUAUAAGCACUAGUGCUAAGUAGGCUUAACAAUUAAAAUGAUGUACAAACUGUAGAACAAAAUAAUUUAUAGUUUAUUUUUAAGUUUCUAGAUAAUGAGAAUUAUUGAAAUUUAACAAAGAACAAGCCUCAAACAUGUAUUAAAUCAACAAUGUGUACGUACAUACAUACUAUUGUAUAUUUCUAGGUAAAAUUAAAAUUAUUAACGUCACGUGAUCAUGGUGACGGUGCUUGGUUAUUGGCUUUUAAACAAACAAUUGAGAGCACUUUGCAAGUUGAAAAAGAUGUGCAUAUAAGAAAUAUUUAAAUACAAGAUUGUUGUCGAGCAAGCCUGAAUUUAUAAAAUAAUGUUUAUCAGAUGUUGAAAUUAUACAUAUUUGAAUAAGAAAUUGAAAAAUAGGCAAAUAUUAUUGACAUGCGAAUAUACACACUCCACUCAGAAUUUGUACCAGAAAUCCAUAGAGAAAUUAAUAGAAUUGGGAAAUAAUUUCAAGAAGAUAACAAGAAUUCAAAAAAAAUUGGAAAUUAAGGCAACCAUAAAUGGAAGUCAGUUUGAUACUGAUUCCUUGAUCAACAUGAGAAAUUUAUUUUGAAUCAUCCCAAGCAAAUGGGAAGGUGUCAGUACAGUAACUAAUUCCAAAAUAUUAAACCACUCGAAUUUGGUGUGGGAUUUGAAAUAUAUACAUUACACCCUUUUAAUAACACAUUUGAUCCCUUGAAAAUUCACCAGUCACUCGUAACAACAAUUUCCUCAAUUGAAAUUUUCGUCUACAGCAAAUGAUCCUUUUGUAAAAUGUAGGAAAACAUUUUUAAUUUUAUACGUUCACUUUGCAAAGUCUUCGCAGGAUUUUCAAGAAAAAAUAGUAUUUUGAACCGACGGUUUCUUCCAUUACGACGUCUUCUCCUAGGGUUGCGGAUAGUAUAACUGAGUCUUGUGUACAAAUGGCUCCAAAUUGUAUUCGAAGGAAGAUUUGAUCCAAAAACUUGGCAAAAUUUUACUUACAGCCAACUCUUUUAUCCAUUCAUUAUCUUCCGCAAUCCUAUCAUGGCAAAUUAAAGUCGAAUUCCUAAGCGUUUCGCUGGACGAAACUAUAUUUUGAUACAUCCAUGCAUGCGACAUCGCUUCACCAUAAGCCUCUUACUAUAUAUAUUACCCUUAUGGACUUUCCAGGCAGGAUCCCCAUUUUCCAUUCGAAUCGAAUAACCCACUAACCUGAUUUAAUCGUUACACUUGUGCCGGAAUAGAGUUGAAGAGAAGAAAUACCGGAUCUGGGGUGAAAAUCAUACGAGCCCCCUUUAUAUAUUAUAAUAUAUAAUUUUGUCAGUCUCCUUAUUACCGACCCCAGAAGAUCUUCAGACCUAGGAGGAAUCCCGCAUCUCUCCGGAGGAUCUACACUGACAACUGCGACAGUAUGAACAACCAUUUUGAAUGGAAGGAUUUCGAUAGAAUUUAAGAGGCUUUGUAACAACCCUGUAUGGAUUUCGGAAUUGAUGUUGUUAUAGUUUUUGACUUUCGAUCCCAGAUUGGAGAAUGAGUUGUGUCUUCCUAUCUAUAAUUGACCACUGCCUCUCGUCGUUCUCAACACUGAUAAUAAUAAUAAUCGAUGGCCAAACAAUUCACUUUCGGUUAUAUCCUUGAAGAUUGUUAGAGCACUUCAUUUCGAAACGAUAAUGGUACACUAGGAAGCAAUUGUUGUUGUACGCCCUUCCGAAUGUUCUACCGCCUACUCAACCUAGACAACAGCUUCUUGUAGAAGAUUUUCAGUCCUACUUACAAUAUCAACAUAAUCAAAAUAGGCCAGGAAUUGGUCGGAAUGAGGCUCGGACCACUUUUUCCGGGGCCAGGUCAAAGAGGACACACGAUAUUACAUUUCCUCUAUUCCUAUGGUGAUGAGAUUGCUUUGAGCAGGCGUCGUAUAUUGGUCAUGAUCAGCCUAGUCACUCAAAAUUUCACUCACAUUUUUUGGAAUAGUCUUGUGACCAUACUAUCAUUUGGUACUCGACUCAGCUGCAAAUGAGUAGUGUACCGUCGCGGUCUUGAAAGAACUGUUCAACCAUGCUUGAAAGCCCAUACCCAUUUGGACUGUCCCUCCCACGAUUAUUAUUAUACCAUGGUUUUGCCGUAGCUAUACUAUCACAGGUGGCCCUAAAAGUGAUGAAAAGUGAUACAAUUUCUGAUUGUAUUCCAGAAACUUUUCUAUCGACUGCCACAUGGAUCUCUGAUCGGUUGGCGAUUUUCCCAUAAUAAAGCCUCGUUGGUACUGCCUAAUGAUGAUCUGGACGUUAACUGGCUAGAUCUCUCAUCGCCUUCGUAGUUUAUCCUGGAUAGAUCUAAUCGUAGAGUCAAUCACAUCUCAAUUUUCCUGGCAUACUAGCAUUCUCCAAUUUAUGUCGCUAUAAAUAGUGACGACCGGUUAUUGCUCCGUUGAUGAUGAUGAUAAAUAGUGACGAUUUCCUCCACCUUCCCCCCUUUCGCGUCAACGACUCUAAGACUACAAGGAUCAGAUAUGUGUUCCCUAGGACCCUUUUUUUGAG